AACUGAUAAGGGAAAACUACUUCAUACCAUUCCAUCAACCACCAUGCCAUCUCAAUCAAUCCUUCGACCAGCUCUUCGUAACUUACGAUUCACUCACUCUCGUCCUACCCCCAUCUCGACUCCGAGUUCAGCAAACCUACGAUCUUCACUCAAUGCAUAUGCUGAUUUAUCUCGUUCAGCCAUUCAAUGUACCGCACAAGCUCGUGUCAAUCGAUUAACUUCAAGACUUGCUAGUUCGGCUGGUGGUGAAAUCCAAAUGACAGUUCGAGAUGCUUUGAAUACUGCAAUGGAAGAAGAAAUGAAUUUAGAUGAAAAGGUUUUUAUUAUGGGUGAAGAAGUCGCUCAAUACAAUGGUGCUUAUAAAAUUACUAAGGGACUUUUAGACAAAUUUGGAGAAAAACGAGUGAUUGAUACACCCAUUACUGAGUCUGGAUUUGCAGGUAUGGCUGUCGGUGCUGCUCUUGCUGGGCUUCGGCCGAUUUGUGAGUUCAUGACUUGGAAUUUUGCCAUGCAGGCAAUCGAUCAAAUUGUCAACUCUGGUGGUAAAACAUUUUACAUGUCUGGUGGUAGCACACCUUGUCCAGUCGUCUUCAGAGGUCCAAACGGUGCUGCAGCUGGAGUGGCUGCUCAGCAUUCUCAAGAUUAUUGUUCAUGGUAUGGUCAGGUCCCCGGUCUUAAAGUAGUCUCACCCUGGUCAGCCGAAGACGCCAAGGGACUUCUGAAAGCCGCAGUCCGAGAUCCUAACCCAGUGAUCGUCUUAGAAAAUGAAAUCCUCUAUGGACAAUCAUUUCCAAUGUCAGUAGAAGCUCAAUCGGAGAACUUUUUACUUCCGAUUGGAGAAGCCAAAGUAGAAAGAGUCGGAAAGGAUGUUACAGUCGUUGCACAUUCUAGAAUGGUCGGCUUGAGUAUCGAAGCAGCUGAAGCUUUACAUAAAUCUGAAGGCAUUCAAGCCGAGGUGAUUAAUCUUCGAAGUAUUCGACCUUUGGAUAUUGAGACUAUUACUGCUAGUGUUAAGAAGACUGGACGACUGGUCGUUGUGGAGGGAGGUUUCCCUAUGUUUGGUGUUGGAUCUGAAGUCGUUGCUCAAAUUUGUGAGUCUGAAGCAUUUGAUUACCUCGAUGCUGCACCCGAGCGUGUAACAGGAGCCGAUAUCCCUACACCUUAUGCUGCCAAUCUUGAAAACUUGGCAUUCCCAGAUGUACCAGUGAUUGAGAAAGUGAUUCGUAGAUCAUUAUAUAAGUUUUGAUGAAAGAUUGACGGAUUAAAAUUUGUUAAGAUGAUCUCUUGAGAUGAAAAUCACUUUUGAUUUCUUCUUCUACUUUGAACUCUUUUGUAUAUGAGAUUCAUAUUUUUAGAAAAACUUGAAGAUUCAUUACAGCAAAAUCAAUACCAUUUAAGGAAUCUAGGUUUGGUUGAAAAUCAGUUUGAAAAUCAAUUAUCUUGGUUACUUUUAGAAUUGCUUGGAACUUGGAAUCAAGUUCUUUUUUGUCUUGUC